AUGUUGCUGGGGAAGAGACAGAGACCACAGAUAAAGAGAACCACGAGUCUUUCGGAGAUAAAGUUCGAUUUAAACUUACCUAGCGAGCCAGAGACGUCCUCCAAUCAGCAGACUCAGAUCCCGUCGUCCCGAAAACAGCCGAGUCCGAAAAGUCAGCUCGUGACCGUUGAUGAACAUCGUCAGCUUCAUCAUGGACCGAUAGAUCAACGGCUGGUCUCACCGAGAGGUACACAGAGGAGACACUCAUCAGCAGAUUACUCAACUCACGCCGGAGAUUUUCUGAGAUCUUGCUCCCUCUGUAAACGCCAGCUUGUCCCCGGCCGCGACAUCUAUAUGUAUAGAGGAGAUAGGGCGUUUUGUAGUUUAGAGUGCAGGCAAAAGCAAAUCACAGUGGACGAGAGGAAAGAGAAGAGUUCGGUGGGGUCCACCGUCGUUGUCACCGCCGGAGCCACCAAAGAAGAGAGAGCUUCCGCCGCCGUGUAG